UAACCCCUUCUUUGUCAAAUCAUCAACCCCCCCUUCUUCUCCCAUUAUCCUCCUUCCUCCAUUUUAGUAUUUUCCUCCUCUCAACUUAUACUAGUCUUUCAUUUACCACUUAUUCUUCCUUUUUAUAUCCUUUUUUUUUUCACUUUUUCUUCCCCUUUUAGACAAAAUAUACACUGAUUUUGUUCUCUAUACUCAUUUCCUACUAUUAUCAACCUUAUAGUAUAAUUUAAUUUCCUUUUUUUUUUAAUCAAAAAAAAGCUUCUCUUUGAAGGGCUGUUUUCUUUCCACAACUUUAUGAUCUUCUUUCUUUUCUUUAUUCUACCUCGAGUCGUAACGAAUCUCUUCUUAUUCUCCUUCUCCUUCUUCUUUUCUUUACUUUUUUCUUGCCUUUAUAUCACGCCCAUUUUCCACCCCCUUCUCUGAUCUCCCCCUCUUUUUUCUGGGUUUUUCUGGUUUAUCUCUCUUCCACUUAAAUGUAUACCAAAUUAGAGAGAUUUUAAAAAUAAAUUUAACUUUUUUGGUAAAGAAUGGAGACCCAAAAAUUGCCUUCGAUUAAAUUUACAGAGCAUAAAAACCAGAUUGUUAUUCAUCAGAAACAAAUUAAAAGAAAUUCCGAUGAAAAAUUAAUUAUUCCGAAAAUUGUUAGAAUUUCUGUAACUGAUGCUGAUGCUACUGAUUCUUCUAGUGAUGAAGAGAAAUUUUCAAAACGACGUCGUGUUAAGCGGUUUAUUAAUGAGGUUAAUAUUGAGCCUUGUUCUUCUUAUUCUUCUGUUUCACUUUCAGCUACAACUGAGGUUGUAAACGACAUCGUUUCUAAGAAGAGGCAAAGGAAGAGGAGAGGGAAAUGUUCCUCUGUGAAGCAGGUACAAGGUAAUACAAAUGGGAAGAAAUACAGAGGAGUUAGACAAAGACCUUGGGGAAAAUGGGCGGCUGAGAUUCGAGAUCCUUUACGCCGUGUACGGUUGUGGUUAGGGACUUAUGAUACAGCUGAAGAAGCUGCCAUGGUUUAUGAUAAUGCUGCUAUUCAGCUCCGUGGGGCCCACGCUCUCACUAAUUUUUCUCCUCCUAAGAAGCUUUCUCUAUCCUCCACGUCAUUCUCAGACGAAGAUGGGUCCCACUCUCACUCCCCAAACCCUUCAUCUAUAUGCUCACCAACUUCAGUUCUCCGGUUUCAGCCCGAUUCCGAGCCCAUUAGCCCGAAAGAGGCCCAACCCAAACCCAUUAAGGAGGAGAUACAAAUAGAAGAAGUAAAGCAAGUGGGGCCUACAACAUCGCCAUACGUGUCGUGUUUUGAUUCGUUGUUUCCAAGUGAUUUCUUUGAUUUUGAUGGUAGAGUGCCAAGCAUGCCGGAGUUGUUCGGGAAUGGUGGUGAUUGUGGACACGUGUUCGGCGAUGAUUGUAAGACGGAGACUUUUCUCGAUGAUCAUCUUAUUGAUGGUGAUUUCGGUUUUGGGUUUGAGUUUUCCGGGUUAACGGGUCGGUCAAGUCAUGAUUAUUUUCAGGAUAUUGGAGAUAUAUUUGGGUCCGACCCACUUGUUGCUCUUUGAAUUUUUUUUAUUUAUUUUUUUUUUUGUGUUUUUUUCUUUUUGCUAAAUAAUUCGGCAAAAAGAAAGUUUUGUAAGAUGUAAACGGCGGGAAUGAGUUGAGCAACAAAAAAAAGAUAAUCGGCAAAAAUGAAAAAUUUGGUGGUGCGGAAAUAUUAAUCUAUUUUUGGAUUACCUAUUUUAUUUCAUUAAUUAUUUUUUUUUUAAUUGUGUGUUUAGUUUUUGUAUUAUGAUUGUGCGAAUGUGACAUACUAUAUCGUCAAGUGUAUUUAUGAUAAGUUAUAGAAAUAGUAAAUCACUUUAUAUAUGAUGAACUCAUAUGGAUUUUACUAUGUUUUAGUUACAAUUAACUA